AUGGAAGAUGACGUCCGUGAUAUUAUUGCAGAGCUAUGCAAAAUCGACGCUGCCCGAGACGAGUUCAGACUUGGAGAUGGAAUCUGGUUCGACAAUCACACCAACUCUUUCAAUCCACGCGGCGGUAGCGAGACAAACGCAAACCAGCCAUCAGGCAUACAUCGGCCCCAACCCAAUCAGUUCUCUAUCCACCGAGUCUAUGGCAACACUAACAAUUUUGAGUGGUAA